CCUGGAAGUAGACUUUCUCAGCCCUGCCCUGUCAGCUUCAGUGAUGGGGCCGUGAGUAUGCCAGAGCUGGACGGUCUUGCGUGGACUUUCUUUCUUUAACUUCAUCAGUUUAGUCUAUUUUUUUCCUUUCCCUUUUUUUUUUGUCCAUUUUAAAAAGUUGUCAUGUUGCGGGUUGCAGUAGAGUCGGCUAAGGGUCUACCUAAACGGACCCUUGGAUCUCCUGACCCAAUCACCACUGUGAUUUUUAGAGAUGAGAAGAAGAAAACAAAGUCGAUUGACAGUGAGUUGAAUCCUGUGUGGAAUGAGUUACUUGAGUUUGAUCUAAAGGGCAAAGUACUGGACUCCAGCUCCUACAUAGACGUGAUUGUGAAAGACUAUGAAACCAUUGGGAAAGACAAAUUCCUUGGAUCUGCUAAAAUCUCUUUGAGAGACCUUGCUUCAGGCCAAGCAAAGUCACUGCCAUGUAAAAAUGUUCCGUUGGUCAGUGAAAGUGGACAAAAUAUUGGAGCAACAAUCAAUCUUUCGGUUGUCUACGAUACUCCAGCCAGUGCUAAGCCAAACCCCAAUGAUCCUCAAGCAGGAGAAGCUACAGUGGAUGCUGGAGGUGGUGGUGGUGGUGAGGCGGUUAAUGAAACUCUGCCAGAUGGAGACCAAAGUGGCCCUGCAGGGAUCUCCUCAUCCGCUGGUCAGCCGCUUCGUCGGGGCAUGGCCAGGUCACAGAGUCGAUAUCGACUUGCAAAUAAACCUCAGGAUUUCCAGAUUCGAGUUCGGCUCAUCGAAGCCCGUCAGUUACCUGGCAACAACAUCAAACCAGUGGUGAAGGUUCAUGUGUGUGGGCAGACGCACAGGACAAGGAUUAAGAGGGGAAACAACCCCUACUUUGAUGAGAUGUUCUUCUACAAUGUCAACAUGUUACCAUCUGAGCUAUUUGAUGAGAACAUUAGCUUUCGGGUGUAUAAUUCCUAUUCACUUAGGGCUGACAGUCUCAUGGGGGAAUUCAAGCUGGACGUUGGCUAUGUUUAUGAUGAACCAGCCCAUUGUGUCAUGAGGAAGUGGCUGCUUUUGAAUGACCCAGAUGACUCCAGCUCUGGGGCUAAAGGAUACCUCAAAGUCAGCCUCUUUGUCAUUGGGACUGGCGACGAGCCUCCGGUGGAAACGAGAGAGUCCAAUGACGACCGGGAUGACAUAGAGAGUAAUCUGCUGCUCCCAGCAGGCGUUACUCUUAGAUGGGCCACGCUGUCAUUGAAGGUGUUUAGAGCUGAGGACAUUCCUCAGAUGGACGAUGCAUUUGUCCAGAAUUUGAAAGAAGUUUUUGGAGGAGAAGGAAACAAGAAGAACCUGGUGGAUCCCUUUUUAGAGGCUAGCUUUGCUGGCAAAAAGCUGUGUACACAGAUCAUUGAGAAAAAUGCAAACCCAGAGUGGAACGAAGUGCUGAACCUUCAAGUCAAGUUUCCCUCCAUGUGCGAGCGCAUCAAACUCACAGUGUUUGAUUGGGAUCGUCUGACGAGAAAUGAUGCCGUUGGCACCACAUACCUGAAUCUGUCCAAGAUAGCAUCCUCUGGUGGAGAAGUAGAAGAGGAACAUCCAGGACAUGGGGAAAUGCCAUCUUAUGAAGCUACUUCAGGGGAGUCUGAUGUGGGCUUCCUGCCUGUGUUUGGGCCCUGUUAUAUCAACUUGUAUGGCAGCCCCAGAGAGUUCACUGGCCUUCCAGACCCCUACGAGGAUCUCAAUUUUGGCAUGGGAGAAGGAGUGGCAUACAGAGGCAGGAUUCUGGUCGAGCUGUCCACUAAGCUAGAGGGGAAAGCAGACAAAGCAGUGGAAAGUAUCCAUAGUGAUGACAUCCUGGUGGCACAGAAAUACCAGAGGAGGAGAAAAUACUCCCUUUGUGCAGUCUUCCACAGCGCCUCCAUGAUUCAGGAACCUGGAGAACCAAUCCAGUUUGAGGUCAGCAUCGGUAAUUACGGCAACAAACUGGACACCACCUGCAAACCUCUGGCCUCCACAACGCAGUAUAGUUGUGCUAUCUUUGAUGGUAAUAAUUAUUACUACCUGCCCUGGGCAAACACUAAGCCAGUAGUUGCUGUUACCUCAUACUGGGAGGACAUCAGUCACCGCAUGGACUCUGUCAACAUCAUCCUCUACAUUACUUACCGCUUGCAAUCUAACUUGGAGGCAUUUAAAACUGCCCUGCUGGCCAAAGUGUCAGACAGCCAGUUAGUUGAGGUGUGGCUGAAGUUGCUCAAUCAGCUGAUUGAAGACCUAGAAAGUUUCCCAACACCUGAACUGGAAGGCGGCUCGAACCUGACGUCUCUCGACAUCCAAAUCAAGAAGCUGCGAGACGGCGCUUUGAGCAGCAUCAAAGAAGGAGCCCAACGCAUGAGAGACGAGGCCAGCGAGAUCCGUGACACGCUGUCUGACUUGGAGUCCUGGGCAGACAAACUCAAACUGCUGGCUGAAGAGCCCCAGAACAGCAUGCCUGAUGUGAUCAUCUGGAUGCUCCGGGGUGAGAAGAGGGUGGCCUGCAGUCGUAUCCCAGCUUACCAGAUCCUCUAUUCCACAUACAGUGAGCAGGCCUGUGGACAGCAUUGUGGCAAGACACAGACUGUGUAUUUACAGUACCCCAUGGACAAGAACAAGGGCUUAAAGGUCCCAGUCCAGAUCAGAGUCAACAUGUGGCUCGGACUGUCUGCACAUGAGAAAAAGUUCAACUCAUACUCUGAGGGAACCUUCAGCGUGUUUGCUGAACUGUACGAAAAUCAGGCUCAGGUGUUUGGGAAGUGGGGGACUACAGGACUGGUGGGGCGCCAUAAGUUUUCAGAUGUAACAGGGAAACUGAAGCUAAAAAAAGAGUACUUCAUACCACCCAGAGGAUGGAAGUGGGAGUCUGAUUGGUUCAUCGAUCCAGAGAAAGCUCUGCUAACCGAAGCAGAUGCAGGACACACGGAAUUCAUGGAUGAGGUUUUCCAGAAUGAGAGCCGCUUCCCAGGUGGAGAGUGGAAGGCUGCCUCUGAACCCUUCACUGAUGUGAAUGGGGAGAAGAGCCGCAACCCGCAAGAGUUUGAUUGUCCUCCAGGUUGGAUCUGGGAGGAUGAAUGGACUGUGGACAUCAAUAGAGCUGUGGAUGAUCAAGGCUGGGAAUAUGGAGUGACCAUUCCUCCAAAUGACAAGCCUCAGUCCUGGGUUCCUGCAGAGAAGGUGUACCACGUUCACCGCAGAAGAAGGCUGAUUCGACCUCGCAAGAGAAGCGCGGUUCCAGCAGCUGUGGAGAGGUGGGAUCAAGGUGAUCCUGAGGGCUGGGAAUUCUCGUCUCUGAUUGGCUGGAAAUUUCACAGAAAGGAGCGUUCGUCUGAUACGUUUCGUCGGAGGCGCUGGAGGCGAAAAAUGGCCCCGGAAGAUCGUCUUGGAGCAGCUGCCAUCUUUCAACUGGAGGGGGCAUUGGGCAUUGAUACAGAGGAGAAGGAGAAAGGUUCCAAGGAUGAGGCCACCAAGCUGUUUGGUGCUAACACACCUACUGUGUCCUGCUCCUUUGACAGGUCAUAUAUGUACCAUCUCCGUGUCUACGUCUAUCAGGCACGGAACCUGACCUCCAUGGACAAAGAUAGUUUCUCUGAUCCAUAUGCACAUGUCUCCUUCCUGCACGUCAGUAAGACGACAGAGAAGCUCAGAGCAACACUGAACCCAACCUGGGACCAAACUCUCAUUUUCAAUGACGUAGAGGUUUAUGGAGACCCCCAGAAAAUUGCUUGCCAUCCCCCUGAUGUUGUACUGGAGUUCUAUGACAGUGACCAAGUGGGGAAGGACGAAAUGCUGGGCCGCAGUAUUUGCACCCCAGUAGUAAAGUUGGAUCCGAGUAUGGAUCAGACACCAAAACUGUUGUGGCAUCCCAUCAUCCAGUGUGGGAAGGAGGCCGGGGCGGCUCUUGUGGCUGCUGAACUCAUUCUUAAAGACAAGGCAGGUAAGUCAGAUCUUCCACUGGUACCACCAAAGAGAGCCGAGAACCUCUACAUGGUUCCUCAGGGCAUCCGUCCUGUGGUGCAGCUUACUGCUGUGGAGAUUCUUGCAUGGGGUCUGAGGAACAUGAAGCCAUACCAGCUGGCCGCUGUAUCCUCGCCCAGCCUUGUGGUGGAAUGUGGGGGGCAGAGAGUGGAGUCAGCUGUCAUCAAGAACAUGAAAAAGAGCCCCAACUUCCCCAGCUCUGUCCUCUUCCUCAAAGUGCUCCUUCCGAAGGAUGAGAUGUACACACCUCCCAUUGUGCUGAAGGUGAUAGACCGCCGUCCGUUCGGCAGGAAGCCUGUCAUAGGCCAGUGCACUAUCAGUUCUCUGGAGGAGUUCAGAUGUGACCCAUAUGUCGUCACUACGGAGGGAGCAAUGUCAUCUAAAAUGGCUCUGAUGGCUUCACCUCACAAACACGUCUCGAUUACCAUGGAUGAGAAAAGACCACUGCUAGAAGCUCAGCUUGCAGAGAAGGAAAAAGAGAGCAUUGAUUGGUGGAGUAAAUUCUACGUUUCACUAGGACAGCAGGACAAAUGCGGCCCUUACCUCAAGAAAGGAUACGAUACCCUCAAAAUCUAUGACUGCGAACUGGAGGAUGUCCCAGAAUUCAAAGGGCUGACUGAUUUCUGCAACACCUUCAAAUUGCUGCGCGGCAAGAAUGAAGAUGGUGAUGAGGACCCCACUGUGGCUGGAGAGUUUAAGGGCUCAUUCAAAGUGUACCCCUUGCCGGAUGACCCAGGUGUGGCUCCUCCACCGCGUCAGUUCAGAGAGCUGCCAGAGAGCGGACCUCAGGAGUGUCUGGUCAGGAUUUAUGUGGUUCGGGGCAUAGACCUCCAGCCCAAAGACAAUAACGGCAGCUGCGAUCCAUACAUAAAGAUAUCACUAGGAAAAAAUACGAUCGAAGACAGAGACAACUACUUACCCAACACCACCAACCCUCUGUUUGGAAGGAUGUUUGAGAUGACGUGUUUCCUGCCCCAGGACAAGGACCUGAAGAUCUCAGUUUAUGACUAUGACCUGCUGACUCGAGACGAGAAGGUCGGCGACACAGUGAUUGACCUGGAGAACCGCUUCCUGUCUCGAUAUAACUCUUACUGCGGCCUGCCGCAAACCUACUGCAUUUCUGGCAUCAACCAGUGGAGGGACCAGCUGAAGCCAUCUCAGAUCCUUGAGAACCUGGCUCGUCUAAAAGGACUUUCCAAACCCAGGACUGAAGAUAACGGCAACUCUCUCAUGUUCAAUGGAAAAGAAUAUACACUGGCUCAAUUUGAGAACGACAAGGAUCUUCAUCAACACUUGGGUCCACCUUAUGAGCGACUCUGUCUGCACGUGCUCAGGACACAGGGUCUUGUCCCUGAACAUGUGGAAACUAGGACGCUUUACAGCACCUUCCAACCCAACCUCUCUCAGGGAAAGCUUCAGAUGUGGGUGGAUAUUUUUCCCAAAAGCAUCGGCCUCCCCGGACCUCCCUUUGACAUCACACCACGCAAGCCAAAGAAGUAUUUCCUGCGUGCUGUCGUCUGGAACACCACAGAUGUGACUCUGGAUGAGACCAGCAUCACUGGAGAGCACAUGAGUGACAUUUAUGUGAAAGGCUGGAUGCCAGGCAUGGAGGAGGACAAGCAGAAGACUGAUGUCCACUACAGGUCUCUGGAUGGAGAUGGCAACUUUAACUGGCGAUUUGUCUUUGGCUUUGAGUACCUGCCGACGGAGCAACUCUGCCUCAUAUCCAAGAAGGAACACUUUUGGAGUCUUGACAAAACGGAGUUCAGGAUUCCUCCCAAGCUGAUUGUUCAAAUUUGGGAUAAUGACAAAUUCUCACUGGAUGAUUAUCUGGGCUCUUUGGAGCUGGAUUUGCAUGACCUGGCUGCUCCUGCGAAGACCCCAGAGAAAUGCUCUCUGGAGAUGAUGGAUAACGUAACAAUGGGAGCACCACACAAGACAGAGCACAUCAAGUCUCUGUUUGCUCAGCAGUCAGUUAGAGGCUGGUGGCCUUGCGCCAUUGAAAAAGAUGGGAAGAAGGUCCUGGGCGGCAAGGUGGAGAUGACACUUGAGAUUAUAAGUGAAGCAAAUGCAGAUGAGUGCCCUGCAGGAAAAGGGCGGGAUGAACCCAACAUGAACCCUAAACUGCAGCCUCCAAACCGCCCAGAAACAUCCUUCUUCUGGUUCACCAACCCAUGUAAGACCAUGAAGUUCAUCGUGUGGAGAAGGUUCAAGUGGGUUUUUAUUGGACUCAUUAUCCUCAUCAUAGUGGUCCUCUUCAUCGCCAUCCUGCUGUACUCGUUACCGAACUACAUCUCGAUGAAGAUUGUAAAGCCCUUAAAUUAACAUGGAGGAACAUCAGAAGAAAAGCAUAAAGGACAUUUCAAAAAUGCACCAGAUCACACAAAGUGGGCACAGAUACUGCCAGAUCAUCUCAACUUUGUUGGGCUUUCUUAAACUUUUUUUUUUUUAACUGCCUUUAGGUCUUUUUUAACUAACGGGAAGAGGAGCUUGCAUAAUUGCACAUAUUUCAACAUAUGAAUAGAACGUCUACACCACUGAACUGUGACAGACAUGUCAUUAGGCAACAGUAAAAUAAUCCAAUACCACAGAUUGCGACAGUUUUGUUGAAGACGCUGUAUGGAAAAGGUGUUAAUUUUGCCCAUUUUGGGUGAUAUUUCUGGGUUACAUGUGUUGAACUGAAUAUUGCAUUUAAUUAAGAUGUUUCCAUAUUUGUGGACAUUGUAUAUAAACGAGGUCACAAUUAAUAGUUUAAGGUUUCCACAGUGUUAUUACUUGACUGUUCCAUUAGACAGAAUCGCAAGGUUGAGGUUUCCAUCUGUCUCAUUUCCCAAUAUAAUCAAGCCAAAUGCCACAAAAAGAUGUCUUUUGUAUACUGCAUUUCACAGAUAUUUUAAGUUAAAUAAACACUGUGGCAGCAGGGA